AUGGCUGCCGAACAGCCUCUUAUUAGAUCUCCCUGUGAUGAGCAAGUUCCCGGACUCCAACUCCAGGACCUGCCACUGACUAAUGACAACGGCACCAUUCUACGCGACGUCUCCACCGCCUCCCACCGUCCCUUUGUACCGGCAUCCCUCCGCCGCAAAGUCCUCUCCUCCCUCCACAACCAUUCUCAUCCUGGGAGUCGAGCUACCGACAAGUUGGUUUCCGGCCGCUUUGUCUGGCCUGGGAUGCUCAAGGACCUGAAAGCAUGGACACGGGCGUGUCUCGGCUGUCAGCGAGUAAGGUCUAACGACACAACAAAGCUCCCAUCGUCACCUUCCCCACUCCGGGUGUUCGUUUCAGUCACGUCCACCUGGACAUUGUAGACCCCUGCCUCUGUCAAAUGGCUGGUCACAUCUCCUCGCCUGUGUGGAUCGAUUCACCUGGUGCCGGAGGAUAUUCCUCCGCCCGAUGUCGCUGCUCCAACAGUCGACAAGGCUUUCCUAAGUCGUUGGGUUGCCAUUUUCGUUGUCCGCCCCCCUCCCCUCCCCCACUAUCACGACUGACUGCGCUGCCCAAUUUGAAUCUCACCGAUUCCAGUCUCUUCUCUUUUUUAUAGGCUCUACUCGUAUCCACAUUACAGCCUGCCAUCCGGCAGCCAACGGGAUGGUCGAGCGGUUUCACCGCCUUUUGAAGACCUCCGUACGUGCUGCAGACGACUCAGAUAAACGGGCGGACCACCUUCUCUGGUUCUGUUGGGCAUUCGCCCUUCUCUUAAGUCGGACCUUAACUCUUCCUCUGUUGAACUGGUGUUCGGCGUUGUCGUCCGACUUCCUGGUGAGAUGAUCUCGCCAACCCCGCGAGGUGAGGUCAACGAUCCCACCAACCUCCUGCACUGUCUCCGGCAAUAUAUGCGGACACUUUUUCCGGUUCCGUUCAGGCCAUCCGUCUCCUAGAAAAACUUGGUGACAUGCUCUCACGUUUGUCUUUGAUGUGGUCGAGUCCGUCGCCUACUGAAGCCACCCAACGACAGCCCCUUCCGAAUUAUCUCUCGUGGGACGAUGACCUUCUGCAUCCAACUCGUGGGCUUUCGGCGUCCCAAAGCUAUUGUUCCAGACACUCCUUCGGAUGAGCCCUGUUCUACCCUACCUUCUGCUUCACCUCCGCGACCCUCUAUAUCAAUAUCUCCUCUCUCCCUCUCCCCCUUAUCCGCUACCCCCAAUUGCAACUACCCCUUCAUCAACCCCCAACACUGUAGCCGCAGGACAUACUCACUCGGUCCCUGUGCCCCCCGUAUAUAUCAUCCGUAGUGGACGUCAUGUUCAUUUUGCUAGCCGUUUGACUAUUCAUGUAUUUUAGACAUAAACACUUUCUUCGGCGUCGCUACACUCCGCCUUCGGUUUAGCCGGAGGAGGAGGGUGUUGUGGCAGUCUGAGCUUCCUUGCUGUCUGCUGUUUUUUCUAGUUGCUAGCCCCCCCCCCCGAGCCCCAAUGCAACUAAUGACAACCGGGUCCCCUGGUAAACGCGUCGGGCUUGACAUCAUCGGGCCGCUUCCCAUCUCUGUCUGUGGAUACGAAUACAUCCUUGUAAUUACUUACUUGUACUUGAUACGGCUGCGAUCACGCCCGAUUUAGCCGGCCUCGAUGAUGUCCCGAACUGUACCUCUCCAUGCAUGACGAUCCGCGGCAGCAGAUCUGGACAGCUCAACCCAUUCCCUUCGCCAACGACGUAGACCGAAUACCGCAGGUCCAAGAACCACCUCGGCGUCUUGACGAACUGUAUCGAGCCAGGUUUUGGAACUGACCCCCUCUUCGACGCCUCCAAUGGGGCAACGGUGCCGGAUCGAUGGCAGUAACACAGCUCCUGAGGUGGACGACGAACAUGCCCGAAUCACUUCAGUCGUCUUUCUUGGAUGACCUGAGUUAUCCUUGCGAUGUUGUCACGGCGUGCGCGGACUGUCUCAUUUGAGACGAAGUCGGUGAACUUCACUUGAAAGAUGGUCCUCAAGCAGUGGUGGUCAAAUACCUCCAGUUUUUGCUCGUCCUCCACGCGCAAAGCCCAGCAUUCACAACCGUAGAGAAGGACAGACCGGUCAGAUGCACGGAACACGCAAAUCUUAGUGGCGAUGGAGAGGUCACGUCGGAUCCAUAGGCAUUUUCGAAGGCUUGAGAAAACCCAGCUGGCCGCAUCGAUUCGGGAGACAAUGUCGUCCUUAUUCUGUCCAUUAGGCAGCAGCCUCGCCCGAGGUAUUUAAAACUGUCUACUUCUUCAAGUUGACAGCCACCAAUCCCGAGGGGUGCCUUCUCCUGGUCAGGGAUGCAGCUUGAAAACACUUUGGUCUUCGCAGCGUUUAUGGAUAAACCGACCGAUUUAGCGACCUAGUUCACCUGUGACACCAUAGACUGCAGAUCAUCAAAAGUUUAAGCAAGUAAGGCGAUAUCAUCGGCAUAGCCGAGAACAGUCAGUCGGUGUCCGGGUGCAAACUCAACACCGUCACCUUCGUGUAGGGCCCUCCCCAGGAUUCAGUCAAUGGCAUAGUUGAACAGAAUGGGUGACAGGAUGCAACCCUGUCGGACGCCAGACCGAAUACCGAACGGUUGGGAAAGAUUGUUGCGGACCAGGACUCUCGCAGUAGAGGAGCAAUAAUAUGCCUUGAUCAUGGCGAUGAUUUUUGCUGGUACACAUUCUAGCGGCAUUAUCCGCUACAGGGACUCACAGUGAACGGAAUCGAACGCAGCGGCAAAGUCAAUGAAGCAGACGGCCGUCGGUUGUUGGUAGCUAUGGCGAAAUUCGAGAAUGCGCCUCAGUGUAAAUAUCUGGUCUGCGCAUCCACGUCCAGCACGAAAUCCGGCUUGGUUGGGCCUCGUCCAUGAGUCGCGCACAGCCUGUAAUCGCCUGAGUAGGACAAUAGCGAAAAUCUUCGCAGCAACGUCGAUGAGACUUAUGCCGCGGUAGUUCUCGCAUCUCGUCUUAUCUCGCUUCUUGAGGAUAUGUACAAGGAUGCCUAAGUCCCAGUCAUCAGGAACAACCUCGUCUCUCCACACUCGUUCAAUCACCUCAUGGAGUCAGGGCGCCAGAUUGUCGACAAAAGAUUUGAAGAUUUCAGCGGGUAUACCGUCUUCUCCGGGUGCCUUAUUGUUGCGCAACUUUCGUAUGGCAUAGGUGACUUCUUCUUCAGAGGGGGGGAUCGCAUUGCACUGCAUAGGUAGGAGAGGGGUGAAACACCGCUGAAGAGGAGAGCAAGGGCGAGGUAGGUUUGGUAUCGAAGUUCAGAUGGUGCUCAAAGUGCUCACGCAAGCGCUCGACUUUGGCCGAGUUGUCAGCAAUAAAGCCGCCGUUCACGCCGCGAACAGAGUCACUCAGUGUAGAGGGCUUACCGCUAACUUGGUGGAUCAGACGUUAGAGCUGUCAAGUGUCACCAAUGUUCGAGGCCUGUUCCAUGGAAGUCGCUAUUUCAGCCCAAUAUUGCUUCCGGUCAUCCCUGGCCGAUUUGCCGUCAUCUUCCGAAGUUGGCAGAAGCAGUCAUCGUUGCGGGACCUGGCUCGAGCUGUCUGAGCAGACAACUGCAGGGUUCUUCCACUGAUCCAGUCACUGUGGCGUCGCUGGGUGUAUCCAAGGAUUUUCUCAGCUGCCCCAUAGACUAAAGUCUUCAGUGACGACCACUGGUUACUGACUUCCCCGUCGGCUCGGGUCGUAAAACAGGUCCGGAUUUCUCUGCUUAGGGCCUAGGCGGUGAUGGCUUGCCGGAUUUUUGUGACAUCGAGGCGUCUAGGAAGUGGCAUUUUUGGCGCGGAUGAGGAAUGAACUUUCAAGCGUGUACGGACGAGGACAUAAUCCGACCCAUGGGCGUUAACAGUCUCGGCACCACGCAUCGAUAUGCUAUCGUGAACCCAGCUGCGGAACCUUGAGCUGACUAGUAUGUAGUCAAUCUGACUGGCCGUAUGACCGUCGUUUGAAUACCAGGUCAGCAGAUGUUUUUUGCGAUGCUGAAAACAUGUGUUGGUGACAAGCAAUCGGUUUCGAUCAGCGAAGUUCACCAAUCUCUCACCAUUUUCACAUCGGAAGCCAAGCCCAAAGAGACCAAGAAGAUGACUGGUUGUGGGGACGCCAGGUCCAGUUCGACCAUUCCAAUUGCCAGCAACAAACAGCAGAUCGCGGCGAGGCAGUCUUUUAACUAGCGCUUGCAACUGAGAGUAAAACGCCUCUUUAUCGCGCUGUUCAGCAGCCGAAGUUGGUGCGUACACAGAGACGUUUGAGGUGUUCGUGAAGUGACCCUUCAGUCGCACGUAGGCCAUCCGGUCAUUGAGUGGUUCCCAAGCAAGUAGCGUGAGGUUCGCUUGUUGCGAUAGGGCGAUCGCCACACCAUGUCGACCAGAAGAAUCGCGCGGGCAGCUGUGAUACAGGGUAGAGUGUGAUUCGACUCCCGGGAUCUUUAUUUCACGGGAGCCUGAGUCAGGGAGUCGAACUUCAGAAAGACAGCAGACAUCCACGUUGUACUGAUAAUGGCUGCGUGCGGUAAGACUUUGGGUACCGGGGUCCAGGAACGUCCGCCCAUUCCAGCAUCCAAUACUAAGAAUCCGUCCACGAUUGAGUAGUCCAGCUCGCAUACAAUUCGCCCGCACCACUGGACCAGGGUUGCGGAGCGCGUCGGUUCCCGCGGGCGCCGUAACAUGGGUCGUAAUACUGUGAUCGGACAUAGUUCAUGAGGUGUCUUGGGAAUUUCGAAUACGACCGUGUCCCCAACAGUCGCUCGGAUUGUUUGUUCGAGGUUGUCUCCUCUAGCGCUUUGGCUUAAAAGCCUAACCACAAGGCAGCGGUGGCAAGUAAACUUAUUUAAUGGCAGUUUACGGUCGCCAUGUCACAAUGCCGUCAUUGGGUUUUGUGGCUUUUUAUAAGGCUUUUAGCGUGCCAGACCUCAGCCCACCGCACCCUGGUAGCAAUGUCGCUGCUGGUCCGCGACAGUUUAUUCAUCAGACCUGGGUCUACUUAUUUCGCAGCUAACCCUCACUGAAGAUCGUCCAACUAUCCGCCACCUGUGGACGCGCCGGGUAGCCAGCAGCUAGGCUAACGGGCGACCCGUUUUCCCGUCCUUGUCAUGGUGGACUAUUUCACCAAAUGGGUCAAGGCCACUCCCUCCUCCGACAGGAUGCCACGUCCGUCGCGCACUUGGAUAAGCUGCUGGGGUGUUCCGUUAGCGUUCCAUUCAGGCUAUGGCAGCAAUUUUGACUCCCAGUUAUUCAAGGAUGUCUGUGAUACCCUCCGGAUACACAAAACCCGGACCACGCCUUGCCAUCCGGAAGGAAACGGCCUUGUGGAGCGCACGAAUCGGACGUUGCACAACCUCCUACCCGCUUUUUUUAAGGACAGCCAUGAGCACGACUGGGACGUACACCUGUCCUUCUGUCUCUUAGCCUACCGUCACUCCGUCCAUUCCUCCACCGGUUUCACUCCCCACUCUCUAUGGACCGGACGAGACAUACGCCUCCCGAUCGACCUCCUCUACCCCUUACCCAGACCCGAUGCAACCACCACACACGGUUACGCCACACGCCUACGCGAGCUCAUCUGUAGCGCACAUAACGCCACCCGGACGACUCUAGGAAGUUCAUUGCUCCAUCAAAAGGAACAGCACGACCGACAUUUAUCCGGCGCUAUACAUCAAAUCGGCGACCUUGUCAUCUAUUACAACCCUUCAACCCACGCGGAACGUCCGCAAAGUUUCAUUACCCCUGGCAAGGACCCUUCGUCGUCUUAGACACCUCCUCACCCACCACCUUUCCUAUCCGUGACGCCAUCUACCCUAACGUUCGCCCCUUCACCGCACAUUUCGAUAAGCUUAAGCCCUACCGAGGUUUCCUACCAAACUGCUCCCCCGACUCUUUACUCAUCCUCCCUGCUGACCAGGUCCCCCGGCCGCCAUUGAGGUCACCGUCCCCUCAUCACCCGUCGAUCUCAGCACUGAGGCCAGUGCUCCACCUUAG